CUUAGUCCACGUGGGUUGAUGCCGGAGUACCAUUUCAUUCUCAUAGUCUUUGGGAUGUUUCUCUGUUUGUGAGUUGUAAUAAUUGGAUUUUUGUUAAUAGGAUCAUCAGUUCAUCAGAUUACCUGAUUGGGAGUUAGAUGUCAAUUUUGAGCCGGGAAAGCUUCAUCUUACAGAGAACUCAUCUUGGAAGACUAUGAGAGUGAAUGGACUCCGGAUAUCUCCCCAUGUUGAUGACAAUGAAGGUUUAUUGCUGCGCGAUUCUGACUAUUUCGUUUCGGGGGGCAUACACUUUUGUGAAACUAAAUGGAGGGAGUCAAUACCUAAACAUGCCAAUGGUCCUGAUUCUGGGCGGUUAUUGUCUUGGAUACGGGAGGGCGUCCUUGUGGCUGAUCUGUGGAGGGACUUCAAGGGUAAUUUCAAGGGCCUGUCUUUUAAUGCACCCAUCCCACCCAGAAGGUAUUUUCCUAAUCAUGCCUCGUGCAUACCUUUUUCUCAAUUCAUAGCGGAUACUUUGUCUUCCAGAAUUAAAAAUGGCUCCAUCAGGGUGUGGGGGAAGGUAGGGCAGUGUCAACUCCCACGUAUUAUUAUGCCACUGACGGUGGAACCAUCCAAACCCCGUUUGUGUCACGAUGAACGUUUCUUGAAUCUUUGGGUAAGAGACCUUCCUUUUCAACUUGAAACUUUGAAGGAUGUCACAAGGAUAGCACCGAAGGAUGCUUUCAUGUUUAAAACUGAUGAAUUCUCCCGGUUCGAUCAUGUGAAAAUACAUCCUGAUGAUCAGACAUAUUUUGGGAUUGCAUUUGGCGG